CGAUAAGAGAGAGAGAGAGAGAGCACCUCGGCUCCUCUCGCCCUCGCCGUUACUCCUCCCACCGCAAUACCAAACAAAGCCAUGACCAGUCGUUGGCCGCGCUCCCUCACCUCAGCCCUCGCCCCCCGCGGCGACGCCCUCCUCCUCCUCCUCGCCCCCCUCUUCGUCCUCUCCCUCGUUACCCACGAGCUCUCCCGCCACUCUGCCCUUGCCGCCCACUUCGAGGGCUUCGAUUCCGACGACCUCGACGAGGCCGAAGACCUCUCCUCCUCCGACGAAGUCCCCCUUGCUGCCUCCCCUCCUCCUCCUCCCGCCACCUCCCUCUCGCGAUCGGCCUCCCCAGAGUCCCACCAUGGGCCCCCCUCCGCUCCUAAACCCCCGCCAUCGUCCGAUCUCUGGGACGAGGACGAGUUCGAGGGCAUACCCGUCGCCGUCCAAUCGGCCGAUCCGGCGGCUGCCCCUGCAGAUCAGACCCGUGCCCCCUCCUUGCCCUUGCCUUCGCCGGCGUCACCCUCAGUCAGAUCGUACACCACUGAGAUCGUGUGCAUCAGCUUCUUGAUCUGCUUCCUGAUCAACUACUUCACCGGGAAACGCCAGAACGAGGAGAUCGCCCUUGCCUGGGCCGCCAAGUUCGCCACCAAAGACUCCAUCUUCGACAAGAACUUCAGCCUCUUGGGCACCGGCGACGGCAAGGACACUCCGCUCCUUCUGAAGGAGGGCCAGGAUGUGUUCAAAUUCUAUGCCAGCGGCCGACGGUACUGCCAGAGUAUGCUGGCCACGAUGGAGAUGCGAAGCCGGCAUGACCUCAUCUCGAGGGCGCUCGAUCUGGUGUUUCGCAAGAGAGAUGUGAUAACGUUUGAGGUGGUGAUGAAUGAGGACGCUAUGGAUCACGUUGUGCUGGCGCUCGCCAAAAGGAAGAUGGCCAAGGCAAUGCACAAGGAGGAGAGGGACCUGGAGAGAUUUGCAACCCUGGGGGUGAUGCCGCUGUCUGGGAGGAAGUGGGUAGCUGAUGAGGUUUUGGUGGUCGCAGAGUCAAAAGAAGUCGCAGGGGAUCUGAUCACGGAGGUCGCUCUUGAUCAGGUUUUUGGUGACAAGGCAUUUGAGAAGUUUGGGAAGUGGUUCAUCUCACUACAUUUCUCUGAUCAACAUCCAGGAUCUCACAAGAAGAGACUCAUAUUUAAGUUUGCUCUUCCAGAUGCCAACAACAUGGCUGACAUGUCGAGAUUGGUUGCUCUUGUACCAUAUUAUAUCGAUUUAAUUGGGCGGUACAAACUAAGUUCUCAUGCCCAAUCCAAAACAGAAGCAGCCAGAGCAAAGGCUACCAAGGAGGAAUACAAAGAACAACAGAAUCUGAGACAAGAGGUGAUGCAAAAGAAAAAGGCAGAAAAGAAGAAGUCGUUGGAAGAGGCUGAGAUGAAGCUUACUGCCCAGGCAAUUCGCAAGAAAGAAGAGAAAGAUCGUGCACGGCAACUGAAGAAGUCAAUGCCAAGGGUGAAGAUGCUCCGCUCUCACUAGAAAUCUAGUCAUCACUUGGUGUAUCUUGUUGCUUUGGUUUUACUUUCUUCAGCGGCAGUGCAACACCUGAUAAUGCUACUCGACUUAGUGCAGCAUUUCGAGCAGACCAGCUGAUUUGUGCUUAAGAUGCUGGUAAACCGAUUAGUACUGAUACAUGGUGGUCAUAAGACCUUUAUUAAAUUGAUACAGGUAGCUUAAGUCUACAGCAGCUUUUCAAUGCAGAUCUAGCAUAGCACAGCAUCUGCUGUUAUUCCUCUUAGCAAUUUACCUGGAUUUGUCAACAAUGUGUACUUUAUGUACGUUAUUGGUCGAAAUUAUGCUGUUUUGGUUGGUUUUAA